AUGGGGACUCCAGAGUGCAACAUCUUGAAGAUGAGGGAAGGAAAUGCUAAACUGAAUUUACAAGAAGAUGCUCUGCAGUGUAAACACAAAGCAGUGGCCCCAACUCAGGGCCAGAAAGGAAGGGAGGCUGCUUCUUCUUCUUCUUCAGACUACUUCUCCUGCAUCUCUUCUGAAGACAAGCACACUGUUGCUCGAGUCUCAAAGUUACAUGAAUAUGAUCUACCAUCUGGCUACUCUUGGGAGUACAAUGCCCUGGUACCUGAGGCAAGAAGUGGAGCCUCUGAAUCAGAAUACUUCUCCUGUGACUCCUCUUUUUCCAAUCCCUCUUGUGCUGAAUUCUGGAAGACUCCAGAGGAUACUUCUCAGCCUGAAUCAUAUGUGGAGGUCCCAGUCUGCAGUCAGACACCAGGAGAAAAGUCCUCUGACUCAGAAUAUUUCUCCUGUGUCUCCUCACCAUGCAAGCUUAUUUUUGCUGAUGAGGACGGAAUCCAUCCUAUGCAUCAAGAUGAUUCUUAUCUUAGAUCCCCUGAGAAGCCUUUACCCCAGGAUUUGGAGCAAUGGGAGACUUCUUCCCCUUUUCCACAAGUUUCUUUUCCAUUUAAUUUGGUUAAUAGUAAUGAGUCCUUUGUGUCAUCUAUAUUUAUGAAAAAGAAAAGGGUCAUGAAAAUUUACUACAUGCAUGUCCAAAUGAAAAAAGGUGUGGCUAUCCUAUGGGAAACAGAGAAAGGAUUGGAGCCUCCCUCAAAGAAGAUAAAAAUAGAAGAAAUGACAUAUCCUGAAAAGAUUCAUAUGGCAUUCACCCUCCCUCACAUGUCUACAAAGGAGUUCCUAACUGACAGUGAGUUCAGUUGGGACAGCAAAGUCCAAGAGGAAAGGGAGGAAACUGAUAGUCCAGCAGAACCUACAGUUCUGGAGGAAUGUUCCAGGGCCAAGACGCCUGAAUGGCUAGUGGCCCUUGAUAGUGGCUUCAGGUGCAUGGGCUGCUGCCGGGUCUUCCCCAGCUUAGACAUCCUUCAGGAGCAUGUGGAGCAUGGAGUCAAGGAAGGCUUUAGCUGCCAUGCCUUCCAUCUUGCUUUGGCCUGGCUCAAGAGCAAGGGGAGCAAGAAAGGGAAAAAGAAGAGGAGGAAGAAGACGAAAAUCAAGAAGACAACAUCUGGGCACCAGAACGAAAAACAUUUUGGCAUGAAGACAUCUUCAUGCAAAUAGACCAUUUUUCAGCCCCUAAAAGAGAGGAAUUCAAGGAAGCCAGACUCUACUCAGGAGGCUUCAUCUUCUCUAAGCAUCCAUCAUACCCACCUUUCUCUACACAUAUCUACCACCACACCACCAAUAGGAACAGAUAAUACCUUUUAAUAUUAUCCACUGCUCUCUCGAAAAGAGGGGAGAAGAAGGCAUUUAACAUCAUGCAGAAAAGCAAGAUGUCCACAUGCAAUUAUAGAAAAAUGAACGUCAGUAUAUUAUCUCCACAACUAAAAAUGAGAAAAGGAGACUCACUGGAAGUGGAAAUUGCUGUGAGCUGGUUUUCAGAAGAGUUUUCUUACAGCAGCACAGACCCAGUGGUGCGAAGAUUUCAAACAAUGGUGUCCUGCACACUCCAAUGAUCUGAUAGCAGUUCUUGUGAGCCCCAUAGCAUCGAGGUAGGCUGGCCUGAAGAUGGAUGUCUCUGAUUCUCUGUGGCUGCUUUCAGUUGUUCUGGGGUACAUAUGGCACUCAACUCUGGAGAAAAUAGCCACAUAGAGCUGUGAGAUCAAGGAAUACUGGGGAUACUGUAUGCUCAGGAGACCUGUGGAAAAACUUUCUCCCUCCUGUUACCCACACACAGAGAGUCAGGGGGCUACUGAAGAUACUUGAACCACGGCCUUGUGGAAGAGAAAACAGUAUAGGUAGAAAGAUGUUAGUACUUAGGGAGGCAAGUGUUUCAUACCUAGAGCUAUCAUCAGUAGAACAGAAAACUGAUGACACUCAGCAGGAAUUUAGGGCAAAAGAUUCCUAAAGUGACAGAGGGUUUAAAAAAAUACCCUCUCUUUCUACUUUGAGUUCUACUUUUAUCUUCUCAAGUCCCUUUCAUUUAUUAUAGCUAGAACACCUGGCUCAGUCUUACUCUCCAGCCCAGAUCUUUUCCUUCACUCCUACUUUAUAACCCUUCCCCAUAUAGAAAUCCAUGAAUGCAUGCUUGAUGCAAACACGUGAAACACAGCAGAAUUUAAUGGUACAGAUCAUAAUACCCAUUCUGCCGUGCAUUCACCCUCAUGCAUUUCUCUCAAAGCAGUGCAUAUUUUUCUAUAUCCUUUUAAGGUAACUCAUACUUUUUCCUUAUCACCUUUUAAUACAUUCACUGCACAGUUAUCUGCCUGAAGGACAGGCAUUCUUAUUGUUGAGGAAGAUAAGGUACUGCACAAAUGAAACCAAAGGCAAUUAAAACUCACUCCUUGCUUCUCUGGGCUUAAGUACUUGAAGGUGCACAAACACUUCUUAUUCAGUCAUAUUAGGAAUGAUGGAACAUCUAAAAAUCAUCUGAAAAAAUCAUGUAUGUGUAUAUACAGGUAUCAUGAGGCAGUUUUAAGCAUAAACUUUAGAAGUAUAAAAGCUAUGAACUUUUAGAAAAUAUAAUUUGUUUAAUUAUUUGCAUGUCAUUUACAUGUUUAAUUCCGCACAUUUUCAAAGAUUAAAUUUAAUUUCUCUUUGUCAUCCUGACAUCUUCAAUCAGAAGGAGGGAAACAAAAAUAAACAUUAAAAAGUGUUAUGGGCAAUUCACAAAACUAUGUAGGAAAAGGGAAAUUAAAAUAGUUCAACUUUCGAGUGAUUUUUUUUAUAAUUUGUAGCUUUUACCGUCCUGAAAUUAUUAAAGCUUAAAACUGUACUACAACAUUUUGGAAACCUGUGUAUAUACAUUUUUGAUUAUCUUGAAACUUUUAGACUUGUGUGCAAUGAAUGGUAUUUGUAUCUGUGUGUGUACAAGUUUCUCUCUUCAGAUGUUUAUAGUUGCUUUUGCUUUUAUUGGCCUAAAACUGUUUCUUUCUUCUCUUGAUAAGAGACCCUACCUUUUGGACAAAUGUGUGGGCAAGUCAAGCUGGCCAAGUGAGGUCAUUACUUCACUAACUGGCUUCCCUGAUGACCUAGUAAACAUCAAUCCAUGUUGGAUCAAUCUGUACUAAUAACUUGGAAAAUUAAAAUAGAAGAGAUGGAGAUACUACUGGACUUGCUUCAAUCCCUCUUUGUUCAAAGACCUGGCUGUUUUGCCUGUUAUUUUGAUUUACUAGGUAUCCCCACUAACAUUUUAAUAAAUCCUUGUUUUACCUC